AUGGCUGACGAGCUUCGACACUUGUCUAAAAAAGAACGAAUCUUAGAAAAUUUACUUGAAAAUUUGGAAGAUUUCUUAGAAGAAUACGACGAUGUUCGAGAUCAAGGGUCACUCCAACCACGAUUAGCCAAAUUAGAAGAAGCAUACAAUACGUUUUGUGCAGUGCGGAUUGAGAUUGAGUCUAUCUUAGAAGAUAUGGAUUCGGUGAACGAAAAAGGUGACGACGACGACGACGAGGAAAGAGCGAUGAGAAAGGAAACUCGAAACAGGGAAAAUAAGAAAAUUUUCAAGGAAUUCGUGAACCGGUAUUUCUUGCUUAAACAACAGCUACUGUCGAAGAUGAAGGUGAUUCCUGCUCGACCAACAGAACGCAGAUCUACUGUUUCCGAUUCAGUUUUACCGUGUCAUACGAAAUAUCCUGAGUUGACGCUGCCAACAUUCUGCGGAGAACUUUCGGAAUGGAUCAACUUCCGGGAUAACUUCAGGUCACUGAUUCACGACAACGCACAGCUCAACGACAUGGACAAGUUCAAUUACCUUCGAACAUCCUUGAGAGAUGACGCGCUCCUCCAGAUUAACCAGAUCCAAGUAUCAGCGCUGAAUUACGGCCUGGCCUGGAACAUUUUACAAAAUAAGUACGAGAACCAUAAGUUAAUAGCCCAGGAGCACAUGAGAGCACUUUUCGCAGCACCUGUAAUGAGGACAGAAAAUUUUGAAGGGUUAAAUGCGUUGCUGACGACAUUCAAAACUAACCUUCAACAGUUGGAAAAAUUGGGCCAGAAAACAAGCAAUUGGAGUACCCUAUUGGCGUUCAUGUUAUCACAAAAACUGGACACAGAUACAUACCGCCUCUGGGAAACUCACCAUGCUUCUAAAAAAGUGCCUUCCUACGAAGCCAUGGUUGAGUUCCUAGAAAACCAGUGUUUUAUCUUACAGUCGACGGCUAGUCGAAGUGGGAACGAUAACCGAUGGAAUUACAGAGCCCCCAUAAGCCACAGCACGAUUGCAGUAGAGAGAUCAUGCCCUGUCUGCAGAAAUGGACCGCACAAGACCGAAGAUUGUUCGAGAUUCAACCGUAUGAGGGUAAUCGAUCGAAAAAGUUUAGUUCGACAGUUAGGUCUGUGCUUCAACUGUUUGGAUUCCGGACAUUUUGUAGCAGACUGUUUGUGUGAUUCCUGCCCAAAAUGUGAACAACGCCAUCAUUUUCUGUUGCAUCCGUACUCUCCAAGCCAAAGUAGCCGACAGUACGUACAGAGUUAUUCUCAAUCUCCACGAAGACCUCAACGCGCGGACAGUCAAACAAGAAGGCAACCUGAUACUCAUCAAGCUCAGUCCCGGAUGAAUAGCGAUCAGUUUACACAAAACAACUUCCAAUCUCUACAACAGCCACCUCCCACAAACACGCCCACAGUUAGUCACCACACUACUCUACUCAGCACACAACGGAACACCCACACUACUCUCUUAUCAACAGUCGUUGUUUUGCUAGCCGAUAACAACGGGAAAAAAGUCCUAGCACGUGCAUUAUUAGACAAUGGGUCUCAACUUUGUUUAAUGACAGAGAAUCUGUCGGAAAUAUUGAAAUUGAAGCGUUUUCAAGAAAUUCUUCCCAUAAAAGGGGUAGGAGGGUCUAUGAAUGUUUCAAAGGAAUCUGUUUUAACUCGUAUUGCGUCACACACGUCGUCGUUUAGUACUGCCGAAAUGAAAUUCCAUUUGCUGCCGGAAAUCACCUUGAAUUUGCCCCAGAAAAGCUUUGACACUAGCACCUGGAAUCUACCAUCGUCCAUCAACCUAGCAGAUCCUGAUUUUAACAAAUCAAGUUCAGUUGAUCUAGUGUUGGGAGUUUCAACUUUCUACGACUUGUUGUUAACGGAGCAGAUGAAGAUCACUGAUGCAGGCCCAAUCCUACAGAACACUCACCUGGGAUGGAUUGUCGCAGGAGAACUACCGGAAACCACAGUUAUGUCGUGCAGCGUAAUGAUGUCUAGAGAGCUUUCUGGCGAUUCAACGAAGGAUUUGUUUCACUCUAUGAUGACCAGUCCAGAGAGCCCGGGAGAUCACAUGCUGUUGACAGAUAAGUAUGCCCCCAUUAUUGGGGCGCUAAAGGCUAGGAGCGGCAAAUAA